GCGAGAAAAAGUAUAAAUUAAUUUUGUGUGAAGAGAAUGCAAUUUAUCUAAUAUACUUAUAUAUGUAUGUAUAUAUAUAUAUAUAUAUAUUUGAGAAAAAAUUUAAAUAUUUGUAAAUAAAAAUAAAGAAGAGUGCAAUGAGUGCAAGUAUGAAAGAGACAAUGCAUAAUUUGAGUAAUAUCGUGAACAACGAGCAUAUUCAUGGAAAUUUAGAGGUAAUUCCGUAAAUUCUAUCUUUUAGACAGAAAUUAAGAAGUUGGCUUAAUCGACAUUUACGAAUUGAAAUGACUGAUGGAAGAGUCUUAAGAGGAGCGUUUUUAUGUACUGAUCGCGAUGCCAAUGUCAUCCUUGGCUCGUGCACUGAAUUUCUGUCUACAGAACAUACAGAAGCAAGAGUUUUAGGCUUGGUAAUGGUGCCUGGUCGACACAUUGUUUCAAUACAUCUUGAUAUUUAAAAUGGCGCGCUGCUCUUAUAAGACUGUAAAUAUAUAAUCCACUAUAUAUGCUUAUUUAUUAUUUACUAAUAUAGAUAUUAUAUGAAUAUAUUAUAUUUGCCUUUUUAAAAACUUAAUUUUUGCAACAUUAGUUAGGCAAAAAAUAAAAGAUAAAUACUGCUGUUAAUUGUUAAUACUGUUAAUUACUGAACCAUCAAAUAUAACAAACAUACUUGUAUUAUUUGAUUAAUUUCAUUUCAAAAAUAUAAAAAAAUUAUAAAUAAU